CCUGCCCCAAAAUGGCCAGCUGCCGUCUGUACCCCCGCGGGGUCUAUAUGGGGGGUUGGCGGUGGUAACUGAGGUGUGCCCGGUUGUUUUUCGUUGAAUGUUUCUAGAUUGUUGACAUAUUGGGCUGUCCUUCCAUCCAUUGUGGCAUUUACGAUGUUUGCCAUGACUGUACACAAGUGUCGGCAAUCCAUGUCCACGGGGCUGGUCAAGACACCCGUCAUGACAGUUUUUCUCAGGGACGGUGUAUUCUGGUUCCUUGCUAUCUCACUUGUGUCUACCACCGAGCUGAUUCUGUGGCGCAAUGGCAGAGCAAGUCUGGCUGAAGUCCCCAUUGUACCGGGUACAUCACUGAUUGCAGUAAUCGGAGCAAGGGUUAUCCUGAACAUCAAAAGCCUAGCAACUCCCAAUAUUGACGAGACGCUAAAUCAGUUCGAACUAUCCACUGUUGGAGAACAUGUUGGCCGGGUUACCUUUGGAAGCGGGGGAGGUCGCCACCGGGGCAGUCUUUCGCGCGACUUUGAUCAGACGCCCUGGUACUUGAGGACCACUUGAGGAGCCAACGAAGACUGCAGGAAGAGAGAGAUGAACAGCCUGAGGCCAUCGGACUCUUUCGAACAGAACACGUAUCCACAUAGUACAGAAUGACUGUUCCAUAUCUUCCGUUCGCUUCCAGAGCUCGUCGAUCAUCACUGAAUUCCGAA